AUGAGUUCGUCUUCUACCAAGGACAAGUUGGGCCAGGGACUUGGAAACCGAGUCCUGCUGGACAAGGUGGAUAAGCUUCGUGAAUUGGGCAUCUCUCAUCUCGUGCCUCUGCCGCAGAUGGUCGUGGUCGGAGACCAGAGUGCUGGCAAAUCCAGUGUCCUCGAGUCCUUGACAGGAUUCCACUUUCCGCGUUCUGCUACUCUGUGCACUCGUCAUGCUACCGAGAUUGUUUGCCGACGGGAACCUACAGAGAGCGUUGUGGUGUCCAUCAUCCCACACAACCCAUCUCCGGAGCGCGAGAAGCUCAUCAAGGACUUUCGCCGAUCAACGGACAUGAUCCUUUCUGAUGAUUUCCCAAAUAUCUUUGAAGAAGCCGCCAAAGUGAUGGGGAUUAAGCUGUCUGAGGAUGAUGGAGAGGGAUGCAGCGCUUUCAGCCUGGACGUCCUCAAAGUCGAAAUCAGUGGCCCUGACGCGCUCCACCUCACUGUUAUUGAUGUUCCUGGCAUGUUUGAGACUGUCACCCCAGGCUUGACGACUGAAUCCGACAUUGACUUGGUGAAGAACAUGGUGAAGCGUUACAUUCAUGAGAGCCGAACCAUUAUACUUGCCGUGGUCCCUUGCAAUGGCGACAUUGCCAACCAAAAGAUCCUUCGACUUGCCGCCGAGGCUGAUCCUCAGGGAAAACGCACUUUGGGUGUGCUAACCAAACCUGACCUUGCCAUUGAGAACGCAACCAAGGCGGUCAUCUGCGAUCUAGUCAACGGCAAGCGGCGAGAUUUGCAUCUUGGCUACUGCGUAGUCAAGAAUCUCGGCGCUGAUGACACAUCUGGCAGCAUGGAUAGUCGUCAAAAGCAGGAACUGUCCCUGUUUGGACAAGCUCCAUGGAACACUCUACCUUCUGACAGAUUGGGUAUCCCGGCACUUCGCUUCCGCAUCAAACAACUCUUGAUGGACCGAACCCGUGCAGAGUUCCCAAUGGUCAAGAGCGAGAUCAUGGCGAAUCUCAAGAAGAGCCAGGGGCUUCUCGCCGACAUGGGGGAGCCUCGAAGCUCCACCGAUCAACAACGUGCGUAUGUUGGCAGAAUUGCUUCGAGAUUCAUGCGAAUCAAAGAGUACGGCCUAGAUGCGUAUUAUACGCGCAGCAAGUUCUUUGAAGACCUCGAGAUGAGAUUGAUUACUCGAAUCCGUACAAUCAACGAGGCCUUUUCUCGCAUCAUGCUCGAGAAGGGACAUGCUAGAGAGUUUCAUACCAAAGUAGAGCAGACUGCAGCUGAGAACCAGCCAGCGAAUGAGGAUGACGAAUUACCUCAAGGUCGAUCCUCGUUGUAUGAUGAGAAAAUCCACUUCAAAAUUCCAGACUUUGGGGAGGAAGACUUGAGUGACAUUGUCACGGACCCGUAUUGGUGCUCGAAGCCCGAGAUGGGCGGUAUGCUGGAGCACAUCCAAGAGCAGUAUAUCAAGGCUCGAGGCUAUGAGAUGGGAACUUUCAAUGCCGAAAUGCUGCCCUGCACUUUCAAAGAACAGGGCAAAAAGUGGCCAUAUAUUGCAUAUGCGCACGUCUCCAACGCUGUGCUGAUUGUCCAUCACUUCAUACGCCAGACUUUGGAGGAAUGCUGCCCCGAUGUUGCAGUCCGUGAAGAGCUCUGGAAUUUCCUUUUGUAUGGUUUUGAGGGGAACGACGGCCUGGUGAAGCGGUAUGAGAGAGCCAUGAAUCACGUCGAUUUUCUGCUGUCUGUUGAGUUUGAAAACCGAACCAUGACGUAUGACCCGCGAUUCGAGGAAAAGUUCAGCCAGCUGAAGCUCAAUGAUCAACAGCUCAGCCCAAAUGAGGGCAAUGGAACGGAAUCUGAGAAGCAGCCCAAGUCUUCACUCGAGGAGACGCGGAUGACUAUCCACAACGCUCUCCAUGCGUACUAUGGUCUUGCACGAAACCGCUUCGUCGACGUGAUUUGUCAGCAGGCAAUUGAUUACCAUCUGCUGUAUGCAAAGGAUGGACCGCUGACGGUGCUGUCGGACAAUGUGGUCUUGGAUAUGACCGCACAACAGUUGGAGAUUAUUGCUGGGGAGGAUCUGGCUGUGAAGGAGAAGAGAGAGAGGCUGACCAAGGAGAUUGAAUCCUUGACCCAGGCCCUCAAAAUCCUCAGAGGUUGA